UCAACUGCAUCAAUAUAAACUUCACGGCCUUAUGGCGAGUGGCAGGCACUGGUGCUGACAUUGUCCAGCUUUGUAGUGUGGGUGACAAGGCAGGGGCUUUCAUAUUAGGCAUACUUGAUUGUGAUCACCACAUGUUGUCAAGAGGAGCUGCAUGGGUAUAGAAUAGCGUGGUAGCAGGCACUGAAUUUCAAAAGGAAUUUACCGGGUGCCGUCACAAUUGUGAAUUGCUGUGCUGUGUUUAGCUGGGCACACUCGUUAAACAGAGACCAGAGUCGUAUCAUUCACCUCCAGCAGAGGUCGCAAAUCAAGGCGACAUUACACCUUUCCGAGAAUAGACGAUCUCAGUGACUUAGAAAUAUACUGAGGGAGAAUUUGACUACAUCUAAACAUACAAGAAUAUAUGUUCGGAUCACAUCGUUUCAGAUUGCUAUGGGAUCUCGACUAAAGACCUUUUCCCUGCUUCUGGUUCUUCUCAUGGUUGCGACUGUUUUCCUUUCGUGGCCAAACAGGUUUCAAAUCAUAGAUUCCCUGGGACACCAAUUCCAGGCCACAACAAAACAUACAUCAGAACCUGCGUUAAAGUCUCACAUAGAAGAAGAGGACAUGGUUAACGACAGCAAUGUUAAUGACGUGACUACCCACGCUUCUGGGUCUCUCUCGCGCAUGUCAUUAAGUGAUAUAAAACAUACAUAUCAGAAUAAUGAAAUGGUCAAAAUCAAAAUUCUUCUUUUUGAUCGUGGGAAUAGAUCGAAAACACGUGGUGGCGAUAUGUUAGUGGUGUGGAUGAAAGAUCCCCAACGUGGCGCUGCCUCAGCCGGAACUGUGACCGACCAUGGGAAUGGAACAUAUACUGGAGUUCUGCGCGCCUUAUGGACAGGAAGAGCCAUAAUUCGGGCAGCUAUGAUUUCGUCCAGAGAGAGAAUGACGCACAUAUAUCGUUCAUUCCGAAAUGGAUAUUUUGGUAAAAACAUUGUCUGUACAUUCAGGUCAAAUAUUACAAAGGAGACCACAAGUGGAUAUAUGGAUAUGAGAUAUAUGAAAAAACACCCCUUUUGUAAUCUGACAGCCGACUAUUUUGGAGUCACAUUCUACUCUGGGAAACCCCAAACUAAAGGGUUGGGAUGUCAUGACUGGACUGAAACCUCUUUACCUCACAACUACAUGACCUUUGGGGCUGACACGAGAUGGUUUGCAGAACGGACGUCUACAGAGUACCUAACGGACUUUAUCACUAUAAAUAUAUCGUCCAACAUACACGAGAAAGAUCGCACGGUGAUUCCCACUACUCCUUGUUCUCAAAGGAACUUCCGGGAUACAUGGUUGGCAACGCCACCUGUUGGCUUCUCCUACAACAACACGUGGCGUCCUCUAUCGUGUUGGAACAGUGUCCCUGUUGACACGUUUAAUCAAUGUCUGGCUAACAGAACUCUGAGGUUGUUUGGCGACUCUACCGCCAGACAAAUGUUUGGGGCGCUUUAUUCGAUGCUAGGUUUCACUAUUACAAAAGGUCCACCGGAAGUUAAAAAAAGCAAGAAAAGAAACUUUUACCAAGGACCAACAGUGUGUGAGGCAUACCACACCAAAUAUAACUAUACAGUAUACCUGCUUCCCCAUGGGUUCCCAAUGUGGUUUGCCGAAGCUAACAAAACAAUCACCCAGCCAGUGUUUGCACGCUUAGACGACAUACCUCCUGGAUCUACAGAUAUCAUACUUAUUAAUCUGUAUGCUCAUUUCCAUUUCACUCCAAUCCACAUCUACAGAGCUCGUGUCCACAGAACAAAACUUGCCAUAGAAAACCUACUAAAACGUUCUCCUGGUAUCAAAAUUGCCAUCAAAAGUCCACAUAAAUUUUCGGUACCGAAACCGGUAACGCCACUUGGAGGUAUGUGGGGACCUGCGUAUGAAAACAUCCUUAAAAAGGAGUUUGUAAAUCUUUAUGACCGGGUGUUGUAUCUCGACAUCUGGGACAUGACAGUUGCGUUUGAAAAUGAAGAGAUUCACCCUAAUGGCGCACUGGUGAACAUGAUGCUCCAAGUGUUCUUAGGCUUUAUCUGCGGGAAAUAAAAAAAAUCUUACCCCAGUGUCUUUUGAUAUCAAUCAUAUCAACGCGAUACUGGUUUAAACCCAUGGGGCUGGCCGAGUUAUUUAUCUUUAAUCGACGAGCGUUGUUUAUAUUUAAGGUUAAGGGUGAGAUUAUAUUUAUUAUCCCAAAUCAUUCUUCCACCGUUUUCAGAAUGUAAACUGUAAUAACCAGUGUCUUGAUAUUGUAACCGGGUUCAGUACCUCCAAGUUAAUAAGACACGCUCAUAAAGCAGACUAUUAAACACUGGUGCUCCACAGGGUUGCGUGCUAUCUCAAGUGCUUUUCACAUUGUAUAGCAAUGACAGCAGGAGUGAUGAAGAUGGAACGUUUACUAUACAAUUUUCAGAUGACGCAGCCCUUGUUGGACUUAUAAGUGACAACGAUGAUGCCCCGUAAUGUACACUGUAGAGCUAUUGGCACAUUUAGCAAUUUGUGUAAAAACUUUUUAAUUCUCAAUACAAAGAAAACCAAAGAGAUGAUUAUAGACUUUGGAGUAAAAUAUGGAUUUUACAGAAAAUAUCAAUAGAAUUUACAAAAAUAUGUCAACAACGUCUCUACUUUUUAUGCAACCUUAGGUCUUUUAUAGUCAGCAAUUUUAGUCUUUUCUGUUUUACAAAUCUUUUAUUCUAAGCAUUUCUGCGUUUCUGUAUGCCUAGUUGGUUAGGAUCUCUUUCUCUAAACACCAAAAACAGAUUAUGAUUUUAUAUUUUUCACAAUUUAUGCUCAACAAAGGAAAUUCUUAUAUUUGCAAGUCGCUAGACUAGUAUAUAUCUCGUUUAUAUCGCCACUAGUCAACCGCUGCAGCCGUCCCUUAGCAUGUCAUUAAAUUGCGCAAUCCUAGAUAAAGACGGCGGGCACGGCCUGCAUAGGCAAAGGCAUUUCUUCUCUUCUCUCGGUCAAGCACUGAUAAAUGUUUUUGCUAUCAGCUGGCGUAUGUUUGACCAUCGGCUAAAACUGGAAUUAAAAUCAACUCUUGUUAGGAAAUAUUGAGACUAUUUUCUUAGCACCUUCUAUGUGUAGGAAACUUUGACAGUUCAGGGCGGAUAACAUAGAAAUUGUUGAUGUUAUACAAGAAGAGCUGUGGGGUAUAUAGGCCCUUGGGUGUUCGGUCCUCAGCACACUGGCUUGAAUAAACCCGGAGGAACUUACAGCUCUUCCCUCUCUUGUUUCAAGGCUAACCCCCAAAAGCUAAUUCUCCAUAUCGAAGGGUUGCUGACAGUAACUUGAUCACUUGAUCAAAGCUGUCUUAUCACCAACAGAGCAUAAAAUUCAUUCUAUGCAGCGUUGCUAUUUUAAACAAAUAUUUGCCUACAACAUAUAAUUCAUUCUUCCAUUAUUUUUGAUGACAGUCCUAAUUUUAUUUGUAUGCUUGUUCAGUGUUUCAUUGUUAGUGUUUCUUUUAAUGUCAAAUCUUAUGUUCUUAAUUCUCUUUGUGUAUAUUUCAUGGAUAUGUAUAUAUAUAUAGCUUAUGCCAUCACGGCAAUUGAUGUAUAACAAAUUCCCAUUCGGGCAUAUAAAGUUUUAUUAUUAUAUAAAAAUGCAACAAAUAGGGUUUGGGUGAUCCUUGCACAGUCAGGCUGGUUAGGCUGAUCAUCAACUCAGGGCCCUUGCCCCCUCUAUAAGCAGCCCAGACAG